AUGUCACACGCCGCGUGGCGGCCCCGGGUCACCCUUCACCUCCACUCUGCAGCUGUGCUCCCCCCAGCCCAGGCUGGGCGACCGUCCCCGCUUGCAGAGGGUCGGGGUGUAGGGUGUCAGCUCACGGAGCAAGCGCGUUUGGGUCAUUUAGGGCUGGGCGGCCGGGGUAACAACUCCACUCCAUCAGUAGCGGGAAGCGAGCUGCGCCAGUUGCGAGACUGGCGCUGCCGCCGCCGCCCCUAUUGGGCCGCUGGUGACACUGGGAGGAGACCGCUUGGAACGGGCGGAGGAGGAAGAGGAGCAGGGAAGGUGGGGGUGGGGGGAGAAAGUAGCAAUUGUGCCAGGGGGCGUGUGAGCAGCCGGAGAGGCUGCCGCGCUGGUGACAACUUCUCCGGGGCGCGCGCAGCGGGGCGGGCGGGAGGGCGGGGAGCGAGCGGCGAGCGCGGCCGGAGCCGGCCCCGGGUGCUGAGGCUCCGGUCUAUAAAUAGCAGGUUACAGCUCCUGCUCGGCGUGCACAAGCUCCCGAGCGAACGCAGGAAAGUCAGGCUAAAAGUGUCUGCUGCUGCUGCCGCCCCCCACUCCGCCUCCGGGAGAGAACCCAAAGAAAUGGUGUUACCUGGCAAGAGAUAUGCUGUUUUUUAUGAAAAUUCAGAUCAAGGCUGCUGAGCUUUAACUGACCUGGGUCCCUCCCUCUCGAAGCUUGCUGUCUG